AUGGGCUUACGGUUGCUCCUCUUGCUGCUGUGGUUGGCGGGGCCAGCGCACCCCUUCACCCUGCCGCCCUUCCUCAGCCGCCUCUUCAACUACUCGCCGGCGGUGGAGGUGGAGGGGCGCUCCGACCUCAACCCCACCCCCAAACUAACCCCCGAGGAACCGGAAUGGGUGCCCUUGGCUCCUCUGGCGCCCUCGGCCAUCACCGAAAUCAUCCCUCCAGAUCGGACCACCCCUUCGGAAGCCACAACCCUCGCCCCGACCUGGCUCCCUGUCAAGUGCCUCCCGGCCAAUGACACUCAGGGGCGCCUCCCCACCCGUCUCGACCCGAUCGAGGCCGAGGAGGACCCUGCAGAGACCGAAUGGCAACUGGUGCCCCUCCCGGAUGUCCAGGUGGUGCACCGGAUCCCGUGGGACUCGCAGGUCUCCCCCAAAUUUGCACAGCACCGCCCCUCUUUUCACUCCCAGAACUUGUAUCCCCCGAAAGAAUGGCUCUCCAGGCCGGACGAGGUUCGCCCUGAGCCCGAACCUGAACCUGAGCCAGAACCUUUCCCCGAGCCGGAACCCGCGGCCGAACCAGAGCCGGUGUCGGCCUUGGGCUCCACCGUGGUGGUCAAGGCGGCGUCUGAGUUCGGCGUGGAGCAGAUGCUGCAGUUGUUCAACGUCACCGAGCCGCAGCUGUACAAAGAGGGCCUCUUUUUGCCCAAGAGGAGCCCCGGGGCCCUGGUGGCCUCGUUCAACUGGCAGCCCGGCAAGGCGCUGCCCCUGGCCAGGUACGCCCACGCGACCCUGCUCGCCUCGGAACACCUCAAGGAGUCGCUCUUCAGACUCACUGGUAACAACCGCGCCAGUCCGUCCAACUCCCUUCUGCGCGAGUGUCCCCUUCGAAAGGGCGACUUUCCGUGCUCGCGCACCCCGCAGCGGUACCGCUCGGCCGACGGUCGGUGCAACAACCCGCGGUUCUCGAACCGCGGGGCGCCGUUCACUCCGUAUCGGCGGCUCCUUCCGCCCUCGUACAACGACGGCAUCCAGGAGGUGCGGCGCUCGGUGACCGGCGCCGAGUUGCCGAGCGCGCGCACCAUCAGCGUGGCGGUUCUGCGCGACCCGCAGGACAAGAAGGUGGCGGACGCGGACAGCAAGGCGUCGCACCUGCUGAUGCAGUGGGGCCAGUUCCUCGACCACGACAUGAUCGCCACCCCGCAGAGCCACGGCUUCAACGGCUCGGUGCCGCUUUGCUGCCGCGCCGACAACUCGGGCGAGCUGCAGCCCAACCAGCGCCACCCCGAGUGCUACCCCAUCCCCGUCGACCCCAGCGACCAGCACUACUCCAAGAGAGGGGUCAGGUGCUUGCACUUCGUCAGGUCCGCCCCUGCGCCCAGAGACGAUUGUGGUUUCGGCGCCAGGCAGCAGGCAAACGCUGUGACCGCCUUCCUCGACGGCUCCACCAUCUACGGCAGCUCCGAGGAGAGGCAGCUUGAGCUGCGCCUUUUCCAUCAGGGCCAAUUGAACACAAUGCCCGGCAAGAAAAGCAAACCCCUUCUUCCUCCAGCUCCUCCCGACGAGCAAGUCGUCUGUCGAGCAUCAAAGCGCCACCCCUGCCUGAAAGCAGGCGACCUGAGAGUCAACGAACAACCAGGCCUGACCUCCCUUCACAUUCUGUUCCUCAGGGAGCACAACCGCGUUGCCAAAGCUCUGAGCGGCCUCAACCCAACCUGGAGCGACGAGCAGCUUUUCCAGGAGGCGCGACGAAUUGUGAUUGCCGAAAUCCAGCACAUCACAUUAAGAGAGUUCCUUCCUGUUGUUUUAGGCCCAGAUGUCUACAAAGUGUUUGAAUUCAACGGCACCCACACAGGUUAUGACGAAACCGUCGACCCGACCAUUCCCAAUUCUUUUGCUGCUGCAGCAUACAGAUUCGGCCACUCCUUGGUGCAGGAUAAAUUUUGGCGCUGCAAUGCACUUCACCAGCGACUUCAGCACAACAAAACUCUUCACCAAGAACUGGCCCAGCCUGGCAUUGUGAUGGCUGCAAACACACCGGAGCGCAUUUUAAUUGGAAUGAGUCGUCAACUGGCUCGUAAUUCUUACCACACCAUGAGCCGCGAACUGACUGAUCAUUUAUUUGAAACGCCUGAAUUCAACCCGGGCCUGGAUUUGGCCGCAAUGAACAUCCAACGAGGCAGGGAUCACGGCUUAAUGCCUUAUAACAGUUGGCGUGAGCCAUGUGGUUUGAGGAGAGUCGAAAAGUGGGAAGACCUGACCUAUGUCAUGUCUUCAAAGCACGCAGCUCUAUUGCCGCAACUAUAUAAUCACGUAGAUGACAUUGAUCUCUUUGUCGGCGGUAUGGGAGAAAAGCCUGUUCCUGGAGGCUUAGUCGGGCCAACCUUUGCCUGCAUCAUUGGCCAAACUUUUGCCGAUUUACGGGUCGGAGAUCGAAUGUGGUACGAGGCCGAAAACGAAAUGAGCUCUUUCUCGCCAAAGCAGUUGAAUGAGCUGAAAAAGGCAAAUUUGGCUCGGAUUAUGUGUGACAACUUGGAAGGUUUGCUGACGAUCACUAGAUUUCCUAUGAAAGCGCACAACAGCCACAACAAUUCCUAUGUUCAGUGUGUAAACAAGAAGAAAAUCAAAGAAAUUGGCCUUGCGCAAUGGCAAGAGCUAGUCCCGGGAGACCCCGACGCGGUCGUCAUUGAAGAUGUGAAGAUAAAGCGGACAACCCCAAAGCCAGGACAAAGGCCAGGAUUUGCGCAGAUGCUGCUAAACAGGUUGCGGCCACGGCCAACUAGGCCCAGGAACAAAUUAAAAGAGGGUGACGCUAACCUCCUUGAGGGUAUUCAAGUUCAAACGUAUUUUCUUAGAUCUUUAAAUUUUGUAAAGGACGAGCCAUGGCCCACCGUUGAAAUACCGAAACCAAACUUCAGAUGAUGUAAAAUUGAAUGUAAAUAUUUAUUGAAAUGUAUUUUAAUAAACCUUAACUUAUUAAUUAACUGCGA